AAUUGCCAGUGGCACUGACGGUAUGGAGAAUAUCGGUGAAGGCAAUAACUUUUGGAAGGUCGAACCCAGCGUUUAUAAAUCGAGAAAAGCCCUAGCUAUAAAGGCGCUGACUGGUACCCAUCUACAACUUAUUCUAUGACCCAGUCUGCCGAUGAAGAUAUAGGCGUAGCAGAAUGCCUCUCCAACUCGCAAGUCCAGGAACCGGAGAAAGUGUUCGCUCAGGAGUUCGCGACUGCCGUAUGGAAAGUCAUGGAAGAAGCAUAUCAGCAGGCUCGGUCGUGUUCAAAGAAGGACAAGGGCACAAUUGAGGCUCGGCUCAAGUCAAAGACCUCCAUUGACGAGACGCUUGUACAACAGGGCAAAGAUCAUUACUUUGAAGCUAUGGUUGUCGCUGCAGGUUCAGAUAAUUCUGAAUCUGCUAAUGAGGAACCACUCGGUAGCGAAGAUGAUGCCACUGGUUCGGACGAUGUUCAACUAGGUUCUGAUGACCCAGAAACCACGUCCGACACUCUCGAUGAACCUACUACCGACCCUACCACGAGCACAUCUGAUGAUGCCUUCAAUCCUGAUGAAGAUGAUACCGGCUUGAUACCCGAGAAGUCAACUCAGAGUCGGAGUGAUACUCUUGGGAGCGGAUUUACGAGAAGGAAGAGCCGGCUGAAAAGCUCUGACUCCACCGCAAGUGAUACCAGUGACGAUGAAUACGGUACUGUGAGAACACUCCAAUGCCCUGAGUCAGAUGAGACCGGUGAUAGGGAAUGUGGUUCUGGUGGCAUGGGUAAGGGCAACCAGGACUCAGGUGAAGAAGAGUACCUAAGUGAGGGCCGGGACGACGAUGAAUCAGGCGAUGUGGAAGAAAGCAUUCAAUACGAUAGCGAGCGGGUGUAUGACGAUGAGGAACUAAUCGAAGAGCCAACUGAAGAGUAUUAGUGUACGUGGGUUUCAUUAAUUUGUACUACCCAACCAUCUAGUUCCUAUUAUAUU